AUGGGCGGCGUANAGAUCGAGCCAAAACGUGCCUCGGGCCAUCCUCACAUCAAGCUCGAGGUCUACUCUCCACCGGACCUUUCUCGUCCCACGUUCAAAGACGCAACCUCGCAUGACUUCCGUCCUGCUCAUGUUGGCGAGUCCUUUGGUCCAAGUUGGUCGACACAUUGGUUCCGCGUCCAUCUUACCGUUCCAUCCUCUCUAGCCAACGAGGAGCACCUAGAACUUCAUUGGGAUGCAAACAACGAGGGUCUCAUCUGGAACGAGAAGGGCGAGCCACUACAAGGUCUUACUGGAGGAGGCGAGCGUGUCGAGUGGAUCCUCCCAAAGUCGUUCCGUGAUGGCAAGGAACAUGUCUUCUACAUCGAAAUGGCUUGUAACGGCAUGUUUGGAAACGCCCCUGGGGGCGACAGUAUCCAGCCACCUCGUCCAGACAGGUACUUCCAGUUGCAGAAAGCCGAUAUUGUUGCUAUCAACCUGGAAGCAAGAGCUCUGUUCAUCGACUUCUGGAUCAUUGGUGAUGCUGCCAGAGAGUUCCCGCAAGAUUCUUGGGAAGAACAUGAAGCUCUCCAAGUCUGCAAUUCUAUCAUGGACACCUUCAUUGCUGGCAAUGGAAGCAACAACUCAAUCCUAGAGUGCAGAAAGAUCGCGAAGAAGUACAUUGGUGAUGUCGACUCCUCCAAAGUCUACGACUCAGACGAGCCUGCUUUGAUCACUGCAAUCGGCAACUGUCACAUCGAUACAUGCUGGCUUUGGCCUUGGGCAGAGACGAAGCGCAAGGUCGCCCGCUCAUGGUCUAACCAAUGUAAUCUGUUGGAACGAUACCCAGAACACCGGUUUGUCGCUUCACAAGCUCAGCAAUUCAAAUGGUUAGAGCAGCUAUACCCCUCUGUCUUCGACCGCGUCAAGAGCAAGGUCAAAGAGGGCACCUUCCAGCCAAUCGGUGGAUCUUGGGUUGAGCAUGAUACAAACAUGCCUAGUGGAGAGUCAUUAGUCCGCCAGUUUAUCUAUGGCCAACGCUAUUUCGAGAGCCGAUUUGGGUCAAGAUGCAAUACAUUCUGGCUACCCGAUACUUUUGGUUACUCAACCCAAUUGCCUCAGAUCUGCCGACUUGCAGGUAUGACGAGAUUCUUCACCCAGAAACUCAGCUGGAACAACAUCAACAACUUCCCGCACACUACUUUCAACUGGGUUGCACUCGAUGGUAGUCAGGUCGUCUGCCACAUGACACCUGCCGAAACGUACACUGCCGAGGCCAACUUCGGUGACGUGAGACGCAGUAUCACUCAACACAAAUCAAUGGAUCAAGACUCAACCUCGCUCCUUGCAUUUGGAAAGGNNGGAGACGGUGGUGGUGGUCCAACCUGGCAGCAUAUUGAGAAGCUUCGAAGAUGCCGUGGUAUGAGCGACAAGGUCGGUCUCUUGCCUCGUGUCAAGAUGGGUGAUUCAGUCGAUGAUUUCUUUGCUCGUCUUGAGAAGAGGGUCGAAGAAGGACUUGAACUUGUGACAUGGUAUGGUGAACUCUACUUCGAACUCCACAGAGGCACGUACACGACCCAGGCCAAUAACAAGCGCAACAACCGCAAGUCCGAGAUCAUGCUGCAUGACAUCGAAUACCUUGCAACAUUGGCCAGUAUUCAGGAUGUCGUCACCAAAGAUGGCAAGAAGUACAAGUAUCCCAAANAGGACAUCGACGACAUGUGGGAGAACGUUCUGCUGUGUCAGUUCCAUGACUGCUUGCCUGGAAGUUGUAUUGAAAUGUGUUAUGAUGACUCUGAUGAGGUAAGUUACACAUGCAGUUUGAACCUUCCCCAACUGACAGCUUGUAGCNUCUAUGCAAAGGUUUUCAAGACUGGCGAGAAGCUUUUGACCGAAGCUCUUCAUGCUCUCGGAUUCGAUGACAAGCUGCGCCACGACAACGAACUUGUCGCACUAAACACUCUCGGUUGGAACCGUAAUGAAGUGAGCUCUUUGCCGUCCCCUGAUCGGACAACCCGUUAUGGUCUGCUUCAAGGUGAGACUGGCAUCAACUCUGUAACAGACAUGGCUCAAAUGUCUGCUUCUGUCGAAGUUACAGACAAGGGAGACGAUGUCUUCCAUCUGACGAACAGCCAAUACUUCGUUGAAAUCUCUGGUGGUGUCAUCACCAGCCUUUAUGAUAAACGAGCUCGCCGAGAGAUAGUUCCCAAGGGCCAGAAGGCUAACCAGCUGGUCAUCUUCGAUGACAAGCCUCUCUAUUGGCAAGCAUGGGACGUUGAGGUCUUCCAUCUCAACUCGAGAAAAGAACUUCACGCAACAAGCUCAUCAGUCAUCAGCGAGAAUACUCCUCAUCGUGUCGCAAUCACAACCACGACGAAGAUCUCAGAAAAGUCGUCUAUCAAGAUGACAAUUUCGCUCUCUUCUGCACCUGAAGGAGGCAACUCGUACAUCGAGACGGAAGCAGAAGUCGAUUGGCAUGAGGACAUGAAGUUCUUGAAGGUCGAAUUCCCAACCACAAUCACUAACACGGAGGCUUCUUACGAAACCCAAUACGGUAUUGUUCGACGCCCGACACAUUACAACACCACAUGGGACAUGGCCAAGUUCGAAGUGUGCUGCCACAAGUGGGCCGAUCUCUCGGAGAAUGGUUACGGUGUUAGCAUUCUCAACGACUCGAAGUACGGCUUUGCAACCUGCGGCAGCCUGAUGCGUCUUUCUCUGCUACGUGCACCCAAGGCUCCCGAUGCUCAUGCCGAUAUGGGCAAGCACAAGAUCCGCUGGGCAAUCCUUCCUCACAAGGGUCCUCUCGAUCACCGCACUGUCCGUGCAGGAUUCGAAUUCAAUAACCCCAUGGCAGUGCACUCGCAUCCCAACGUGUCGGACGUCAAGGGCUUGAUGAGUUCGUUCAAACUGUCUAAGGAUAGUGAUGAAGGCUUGGUUCUUGAUACCAUCAAGCGUGGCGAGGACGAUGAGGACGUCAGCCGUGGUGAUCUCCNNCCCAAGCGCAAGGGCAUGAACGUCAUUGUUCGUGUUUACGACAGCUUGGGAGGAAAGUGCCGUGGUUCAAUUGAGGUUGGUCAGGUACCCAUUGCCAAGGUGUGGAAGUGCAACGUCCUGGAAGAUGACAUUGAAGAAGUACAUCUCGCCAAGGGUGCCUUUGAUAUUGAGCUGAGGGCGUUCGAGGUGGCUACCUACAGACUCUUGUUGCAAUGA